UGCAGACGCGCACACUCGUCCUUCACUUUCUAUAUAGACAGUGUGAGUGCGUAGCAAACACGGGGAGGGAUAGAGCCAGAGAGUAAGAGAGUGAGUUAGUGAAUGAGAAAGACGCAGAAAGUGAAACAGCCAGAAAGAGACUAACGGCUCUUAUAUCGAGCCGUCAGUAGCCUAUUUUGCACCGGAGAUUCUAGAAACAAACAAGACAACAAGAGGACUUGUGAUAGGCACUCGGCAGAGAAAAAGAGAGUUCGCUGAUAUUUGAAUGACUUUUCUUGAAUAGCUGAGUUGUUAUUCUGAGAGCACUUCUGCGGGUUUCUGUAUACAGACACUGAGGAACAAGGAAUACAAUGUUAAGGGUUUUGGAUAUUGUGGUCACUGCUGUGACCGUGUGCCUCAUGUUUGAGGGGGUGUUCGGUGGUUACGGGAUGAGCAUGUUCGCUGCGCAGACUUCUCCCCCUGAUCCUUGCUACGAAGAGAACGGUAACCCGCGAAGAUGCAUCCCCGAUUUUGUAAACUCUGCUUUCGGGAAGGAGGUGCGGGUGUCCAGCACCUGUGGCAAAACUGCCAGCAGGUACUGUGUGGUAACGGAGAAAGGGGACGAAAGAAAUAGGAACUGCCACACCUGCGACGCCUCGGACCCCAAAAAGUAUCACCCACCGGCAUAUUUGACGGACCUUAACAACCCCCAUAACCUUACAUGCUGGCAGUCAGAUAAUUACAUCCAAUAUCCCCAGAAUGUGACUUUAACUCUGUCACUUGGCAAAAAGUUUGAAGUCACUUACGUGAGCCUGCAGUUCUGCUCACCACGGCCCGAGUCAAUGGUCAUCUUUAAAUCUAUGGACUACGGCAAGUCGUGGGUCCCUUUCCAGUUUUACUCGACCCAGUGCAGAAAGAUGUACAACAAACCAAGCAAAGCUACAAUCACAAAGCAGAACGAACAAGAGGCCAUAUGUACUGACUCUCACACCGACAUGCACCCUCUGUCAGGCGGGCUCAUCGCGUUCAGUACAUUGGAUGGCAGACCCUCGGCGCAUGACUUCGACAACUCGCCGGUGCUUCAGGACUGGGUCACGGCAACUGACAUCAAGGUGACUUUCAGCCGGUUGCACACUUUCGGCGAUGAGAACGAAGAUGACUCGGAACUGGCCCGGGACUCUUAUUUCUAUGCAGUGUCAGACCUGCAGGUCGGCGGUCGAUGCAAAUGCAAUGGGCACGCUUCGCGGUGCGUAAAAGACAGGGACGGAAACCUUGUUUGUGAGUGCAAACAUAACACUGCGGGACCAGAGUGUGACAGGUGCAAACCCUUCCACUAUGAUCGACCGUGGCAACGCGCAACAGCCAGGGAAGCGAACGAAUGCGUUGGUAAGUCCAUGUUCCUAAAGUUGCAUUUAUUUGUUUUUUUUGCUGCUUAAAGAAAACAGGACUGUCUGAUCUGAAGUUUUCUUACCGCCCAGUGGCUUUCGGUUCUGUAC